UGAAGAAAUCAACGACGAUACUAUGCUUGAUACUUUUCUGGAAGAAAUCAGUAACGAUUAUCAAAAUGGUGGUCCACAGUUCCGUGCAGCAUUGGAUAAAUUUUCCAAACAAUAUCGUGCAUCAAAAGCACUUUCAUUUGCCCGUCUAACUUCCUUUCUUUACAACAAUAAUUAUACGGAUUCAACCCGUAUUAAAAGUGGUGCCAUGAUUCGCGUUCAAGUUGAAUCUACAAAACGGCGUUCUGAAGGUUCUGGUGGCACCAGACGAAGGUUACAUAACAAAGCAAAUAAAAGUAAAGAAAACAUUGACCCCCAGGUUAUUCCAAGUCGAAAGAAAAGAAAGCUCAGUAAAAAAGAACAUAAUCUGGGCAAAAACAUUCUAAACAAUCAAUUAAAUUGA